UUGCAAAACUCCCGAGAAGGAGGGAGCUACUCUGCAAGCCUGCUGAAAAGAGGAGGACAAAAAAAACAAACAUUUAAAAACAGAAACCGAAGCAAAACCAACCAACGCCAAUCCUCUGAAACCUUCAUGUACUGGAAUACUUUUUUUGUAACGUUGAUAUUAUACUCUAUGUGAAGAAAGUAUUUAUACUUCAUUUUCUAUUUGCACUAACAAAACGGUACUUCAGAACUACUGAGAAUCUUUAUUUUUUACACAAAGAAAACAAUUAUCACACCCUGUGGAAGGACACCACUUCUACAAAAAUCAGCACUUUUUGCUUUGGAACAGUUUUUUUGUUUCGACUUCUGGUUAUUUCGCCAUCCCUGCUCUUGUUAACCACGGAUAAACAAAGCAGACCCAGUGGACACUCUCAAGGUCAGACGCAUCGAAUCUUCACGCACCCGGUCGACGUCAGCAGUCAGCUAUGCAGCUUGAAAUCCAAGUAGCUCUCAACUUCAUCAUCUCCUACCUGUACAACAAGCUCCCGAGGCGGAGGGUCAACAUUUUCGGCGAGGAGCUGGAGAGGCAGCUGAAGCAGAAGUACGAGGGACACUGGUACCCGGACAAGCCAUACAAGGGCUCUGGAUUCAGAUGCAUCCACGUCGGGGAGAAGGUGGACCCGGUUGUGGAGAAGGCGGCCAAAGAGAGCGGGCUGGACAUCGACGACGUCCGCAACAACCUGCCGCAGGACCUCAGCGUGUGGAUCGACCCCUUCGAGGUGUCCUAUCAGAUCGGGGAGAAGGGGCCGGUCAAGGUGUUGUACGUCGACGACAGCAAUGAAAGUGGAGCGAACAGCGGGGGGCUUGAUCUGGACAAGGAGAUCAAGAACAGUUUCAACCCCGACGCGCAGGUCUUCAUGCCCAUCAGCGAGCCUGUGAGCGGGGCGUCCCCCGGCUCCAGCUCCCCCUCUCCUCCCUUCGGCCACUCCGCCGCCGUCAGCCCCACCUUCAUGCCCCGCUCCACGCAGCCUUUAACCUUCACGACGGCCACCUUCGCCGCCACCAAAUUCGGCUCCACUAAAAUGAAGAGCAGCGGACGCGCCAACAACAACAACAACGGCAGCAGCGGCGGCGGCGGCGCCAGCAGUGCUGGGAACAAGGUGGCCCGUACCUCUCCCACCAACCUGGGCCUGAAUGUGAGCAGUCUCCUGAAACAGAAAGCCAUCUCCACCUCCAUGCACUCUCUGUACGGGCUGGGCCUCGGCGUGCAGCCGCAGCCGCAGCCACACCAGAAGCCCUCAGCCCUGUCCCCCAACGCCAAGGAGUUUGUGUUCCCCAGCCUUCAGGGCCAGGGCAGCCAGAGCGCCCUCUUCCCCGGGGACAGCUCUCUCAGCCUCAGCCCGCUGCAGUACAGCAAUGCCUUCGACAUGUUUGCGGCCUACGGUGGCCUUAACGACAAGUCCCUUAUGGAUGGCUUGAAUUUCAGCUUGAACAACAUGCAGUAUUCUAACCAGCAAUUCCAGCCAGUUAUGGCCAACUAGUACUUAGUAAAGGUACUACUUAAGCUACUACUUCACACGGAAACGACCAGAGAUAAUGUGAUGGGGAGAAAAAACACAAAUGCACAUUUAGAAAAAAAGGAAAAAAAAAAACAAGAGGAGAAUGUCAUCGAUAAAAGGAAAAAAAAAAAGAGACUUGCCAGCUGUACGAUCUGUCACGAGUCUAAGAGCAUGAGCCCGAGGGUGAAUGACUUUGCCCCCUUGAGUUAUUUACCUUUAGUACGAGAUGUCCACGCUUGGUUAUCUAAACAUGCAUCAUUGUUUUUUUCUUUUGCCAACCAAGCACAAAACUAUUUUUUUUAUGUUACUGUUUUAAGAAUAUAAAAAAAAAAAAAAAAAAAAAAGAACACCACCACAAGUCAUGGCCUCUUUCAGUAUUUAAACAAAACUGGACACCGCCAAUUUUUUUUCAAGAAAUUGGCAUAAAUAAGUGGGAUUUCCUGGUCUUUUUUCUAAUUGUAUAAUUUAAUUUAGUACAGAGUUUGUAAAAUAUCAGAGUAUCUAUUGUUUCUACGACAUGGUAUUGCAUUUAUAUCUUUUUACUACUCCAGUGAUCUGUGAUGGCUGCAGCAACUUUAUGUUUUCUUUUUUUAUUGAAAUUAUAAAAAUGAAUCCAUCUUUGAAAAAAAAGAAAAAAAAAAAAAAACAUUGACUAUUCUAAAGAUUGUGUACAGAAUAUUCCGUAGUGGUGGGAUUUAAGAAUAUUUGCUUUUUUUGAAAAAACAUAAGAGUUGUAUUUUCUGUUAAGAGUUUAAAGAUUUUUGCUAUAUUAUGGACAAAAUGUAAUCGUAUAUUAAUUUUGUACCUACAUUGUGCAAUACUUGAUAAAAAAACAAACGGUAUAACAAAGUAUUUGGAGUCAGUGUCUUACAUGUUAAGAGGGACUGAUAGUUUAUUAAGUUUGUAUUAAAAAGCUUGAAAAUAA